AUGGAAUGGCGGAGGUCCCUGAGACCAUUGACCACAGUGUUGAUCCAACAACUUGGACUUCCCCUAGCUGAGAAGGGGCCGCAGCCACCAGCGUCUAAGUCACAGUCGAUGACAUGGGACCUGGCCACAAUCCGCCUGUUUAUUCCAGCUAUCUAA